UGUGAUCAUUGUUAGUACUCCGCGCAUGAUAUUUCACAAAACGGAAAUAUAUGAAAAAGGGGAUUUGUAAUAGAAAACCCGGUUCGGUUGUGAAUUUGUUACCCCCGCCGCCACGCCCAACUCUAGGGUUCCCGCAGCCGCAUCGCCAUGGCUACGACGCGUAUCGCGAUCUUGAACGAGGACAGGUGCAAGCCGAAGAAGUGCCGGCAGGAGUGCAAGAAGAGCUGCCCCGUCGUCAAGACCGGGAAGCAUUGCAUAGAAGUUAAUCCGACGUCCAAGUCUGCCUUCAUCUCUGAAGAGCUGUGCAUUGGUUGUGGUAUUUGCGUUAAGAAAUGCCCGUUUGAUGCCAUCCAGAUCAUUAACCUCCCGAAAGAUUUGGACAAAGAUACUACUCAUCGCUAUGGGGCAAAUACCUUCAAAUUGCACAGGUUGCCGGUUCCAAGACCAGGCCAAGUUUUGGGCCUUAUCGGAGCCAAUGGAAUUGGAAAGUCAACAGCACUUAAGGUGUUACAAGGCAAGAUCAAGCCUAAUUUGGGAAGAUUCAAAAAUCCACCCGAUUGGCAGGAAAUCCUUACUUACUUUCGGGGGUCUGAACUUCAGAAUUACUUUACACGUAUGCUGGAGGACAACCUCAAGGCAAUUAUAAAGCGCCAAGACGUUGAACGCAUUCCGGAAAAAGUUCAAGGGAAUGUAGGGAAACUACUUGAGCGAUUAGACCAGAGGGGUAUGAUAGAUCAGUUAUGCAUUGACCUUGAGCUGAACCAACUACUAGACCGGAAUAUACAAGAUCUUUCUGGUGGUGAGCUGCAGAGAUUUGCAAUAGCAGGCAUUGCUGCACAAAGCGCAGAAAUUUACAUGUUUGAUGAACCAUCGGUUUAUCUCGAUGUUAAGCAGAGACUUAAGGCUGCACAAGUUAUUAGAUCCUUGCUUAGAACAAACAGUUAUGUCAUUGUUGUGGAACAUGACCUGAGUGUCUUAGAUUACAUGUCCGACUUUAUUUGCUGCUUAUAUGGGAAGCCAGGAGCUUAUGGUGUAGUUACGCUGCCAUUUUCGGUGCGAGAAGGUAUCAAUGUUUUCCUGGCUGGUUUUGUUCCAACAGAAAAUCUUCGGUUUCGAAAUGAAUCUCUUACAUUUAAGAUUGCGGAGGUCCAGGAAAAUGCUGAAGAGAUUGAGACAUACCAGCGGUACAAGUACCCUACCAUGACCAAAACAUACGAUAAUUUCAAGCUGACUGUCAUGGAAGGCGAAUUCACCGAUUCUCAGAUUGUUGUGAUGCUUGGUGAGAACGGAACAGGGAAAACUACAUUCAUCAAAAUGCUGGCUGGGCUGGAGAAGCCAGAUACUGUGGAAGGAACUGAUACUGAAAUUCCGAAAUUUUAUGUGUCCCACAAACCUCAGAAGCUUAAACCAAAAUUCCAGGGAACAGUCAGGCAAUUGCUUCAUCUGAAAAUACGGGAUUCGUAUACUUAUCCCCAGUUUACGUCUGAUGUCAUGAAACCACUACAAAUUGAGCAACUCAUGGACCAGGAAAUUAUAAAUUUAUCUGGUGGAGAACGCCAAAGAGUGGCAUUAUGUCUUUGCCUUGGAAAGCCUGCAGAUAUCUAUCUGAUCGAUGAACCAAGUGCAUCUCUUGAUUCAGAGCAGCGUAUUGUUGCCUCAAAAGUUAUCAAAAGAUUCAUACUUCAUGCAAAGAAAACUGCAUUUGUUGUUGAGCAUGAUUUCAUCAUGGCGACCUACUUAGCUGACAAGGUUGUCGUUUUCGAGGGACGGCCUUCUGUCGACUGUACUGCCAAUGCACCGCAGUCUUUGCAAUCUGGAAUGAAUAAAUUUUUAUCACAUCUUGACAUUACUUUUAGACGAGACCCGACCAACUAUAGGCCGCGGAUAAACAAGCUGGGGUCUACAAAAGACAGGGAGCAAAAGUCUGAAGGCUCCUACUACUACCUCUGAUACAGGCACCACGGUUGAUGUUUCAUUACCAUUACAACGCACUCUGCCUAGGGUGCUUGUUGUUGGAGGAGAAGAAACUGAACUGGAUUCGUCCAAGUGGGAGGAGAGGCACAUCGGCAAGGGACGGACGGCAGGACCCUUGCGAGCAGCAAAACAACACGGAGGACGUCGGAGCAGGAAGGAGAAAGGCCAACAUCACGAGCAGGAGAAACAUGGUAACCUCUCACAGAAUCCAGUGAAGAGAUGCAGGUCGGAUCAGAUCAAGGAGCCUGCGCCAGAAGAAGUAGUUCCAACCUUCAGAAGUCCUCCUGGAGUGUUCUGCUGGAAGGACUGCAGCUACAGUCAUCGCAGGAUGCUAUGAGAUCAAGCAAGGCAUUGAUGGCGCUGAAGCCUCGCCGAUCUGAGAACUGCCUGAGCUUUUCUCUGACGAAGAACAGCAGCUUAGGCUUUUACUGCUGAGACUGUUUUUCUUUCUGUAACAGGGUAGUUUGGUGCACCAGGUUUUUUGUCCCAUAGUUUGUAUUCUAGAUUGAAUACAAAGCAGUGGGUUUUCCUGGUGAGCCACGAAACCCGCACCAUCUUAUUUUCCUUUUUUCAUCUUUUCAGACCUACAUAUGUUUGCAUGCAACAUCUUGUGGGAUACUAUCAUUGCAAGGAAAUAUCUGAUGUUUAUCGA